AUGGUGGCCUCACAUGAUAUGUGGAUAUGGCAUGCAUUCUUUAGGUCAGCUAGCUCUCUCAAUGACAUUAAUGUUCUUAACAUGUCUCUGUUACUUGACGACAUGUAUAACGGAACUGUGCCCGACUCAUCCUUUCAAGUAGUUGGAACAUCGUAUAGGAACGGGUAUUAUCUUGUGGAUGGGUUCUAUUCGGAGCGUGCUUGUUUUGUGAAGUCAUUAUCUUUUCCAAAUGAUUGCAAAAGGUUGAAGUUUAAGAGAGCUCAAGAGAAGGCGAGAAAGGAUGUUGAACGAGCAUUUGGAGCUUUGAAAAAACAUUGGCAUAUUCUUAAAUAUCUUGCGCCUUAUAUGGAGGAGGAGAAGAAAAUGAGCGAGGUGAUGUAUACUUGUAUCAUAUUGCAUAUAUGA